GGAAACUUUAUUUUUUUUUGCACUUAAAAAUAUUUCUUUUUUUUUUUACAAAAAAUGUCCAAUAUUCGGGAAGAAUUAAUGCGAGCAGUAAUUAGUAGAUCAUUUACGUCAAUUGAUUAUAAUAUUCACGUUGGCCUUCAUGAACAAUACGAAUUUAUGAAACAAUUCAUUCUUGCUGACAAAUCUCUUACAGAAGAAGAAAAAACUGAAGCAAUAAGAAUAACUAAUAAAGAUUAUGACCGAGAUAAAAUUAUUUAUAAUGAAGGGACAAGAAGAAUUUGUGAAAAUUGUAACCAAAAAUGUUUAGCUACAUUAUAUUGUGAAUAUUGUGUUCGAAAUUAUUUAAAAUCUAAUUUUUCAAAUUGGACUUCUGGAAAUAAUGUUAUUGAUAAUUUAAUAAAAAAUUGUCAAAUGGAAACACUUAGACCAAAUGUUAUUAUUGAAUGGAUCCCAUUUAAUAAUUUAGAAAAUAUUAAAUAUCUUACAAAAGGUGGAUUCUCAGAGAUUUAUACAGCAGAUUGGAUUGAUGGAUACUAUAAAGAAUGGAAUUCUAAAGAGCAACAAUUAAUAAGAUUUGGAACUCAUGCUGUAAUACUUAAAGAAUUAAAAAAUGUUGAAAAUGCAAGUCAAAAUUGGUUUGAAGAGGCUAAAUCACAUUUAACGUUAGGCAACAAAUAUCCAUCUAUCGUUCAAUGUUUUGGUUUAACACAAAAUCCAUCAAAUGGAAAUUAUUUACUUGUAAUGGAAAAAUUUGAUGUAAAUUUAAGAGAAUAUUUACAACAAAAUCAUAAUCAACUUACAUGGAAUGAAAGAAUUAAGAUUACUUUUUCAAUUAUUGAUAAACUUUAUUGGAUUCAUGAAGAGAAUUCAAUUCAUAGAGAUUUGCAUUCUGGAAAUAUAUUAUAUUCACAGUUUAAUGAUAAUUGGCGUAUUAGUGAUCUUGGAUUUUGCGGUCCUGCAGACAAACCAUCAACAAGUAUAUAUGGAAAUCUUCCUUACAUAGCUCCCNAGGGACAAGAAGAAUUUGUGAAAAUUGUAACCAAAAAUGUUUAGCUACAUUAUAUUGUGAAUAUUGUGUUCGAAAUUAUUUAAAAUCUAAUUUUUCAAUUUGGACUUCUGGAAAUAAUGUUAUUGAUAAUUUAAUAAAAAAUUGUCAAAUGGAAACACUUUCACCUGAUACUGUAAUUGAAUGGAUUCCUUAUAAUAAUUUAGAAAAUAUUAAAUAUCUUACAAAAGGUGGAUUCUCAGAGAUUUAUACA